AUGGACCCGUUCUGGCAGGCACCUCCUGUGUCGAGAACGCUUGCUGCAGCGACCUUUGUCGUCUCAUUGCUCUUCUGGAGUGGCUUGACGGAAGGAUGGUGGAUCGCCUUUGACCCAAAAAAGGUCUUCUGGACUUUUCCACCCCAGAUAUGGCGGCUGUUCACGUCCUUCAUGCUCACCGGCCCCAGGCUGGAUUUUGUCUUUGAUCUCUUCAACUUGUGGCGCUUCAGCAGUGCCCUGGAAGAGCGCUCGGGCCGAUUCUCCAAGCCUGGGGAUUACUUCAUCUACAUUCUAUUCGUAGGCACCGUCAUUUUGCUCACUGCAGGACUGUUCUUAAAUUCAGCAGUUCACCUCCAUGCUCUAACAACAGGACUUUGCUGGACAUAUGCCCAGGAUAACCGCGGGACCAAAGUGAGUUUUUUCAUGUUCAGCAUCCCUGUCAUCUACCUGCCCUGGGCGAUGCUCGUAAUCACCAUGGUCAGAAACGGGUUCUUCGGUGCGGUGAUUGAGUUCACCGGCAUUAUUGGGGCCCAUCUGUAUGAUUUCCACACUCGCAUCUACCCAGCCUUCGGCGGUGGAAGAAAUUACAUUUCCACACCCCAAUUCGUGCGCCGCUUCUUUUCAAAGCAUACUCCGCGGUCUGGAUACCGUGGAUAUGGCACGGCGUUCCACCAGCCGGAUCAAUCUGCAUCUGCGUCUCAAGCCCAAUCGUCCGGUACAGAUGCCAGCGACCGCAAUUGGGGCAACUGGGGUAGCGGGCGUCGACUUGGCUGA